GAAGACAAUUUAAACCUUCCGCCCUAUUCAGGUUUAGGGUCAUCAAAUGUGCUUUUGUGGCUGUGUUUGUGUUGUCCCAGAUGCUGUUUAAUGGGCUAGUGGAAGUGAAUAUUGUUAUUCUCCAUACACGAAGGCAUUAAACCAAACGAUAGAAAAAUCAUACUAGAAAAUUUGUUCCAUAUGUUCCUACUUUGAAGCAAUUUCCUUCAGAAUAGUUACUAUAUAACUAUGGAGUGCUUCUGCCACUGUUUUGUCUGGAUACCAUUUUUUAUUUUGGUCCAAGGGAUUUGUGAGGCUUAUACACAACAAAAAUUACUUGUAAUAUCUUUAGAUGGUUUCAGUCAUAAUUAUCUAGAUCGUGCUAAGCUUCGGAAUGUCAACAUUUCCUCUUUUGAACGGAUUUGGAAGACCGGAAUACGUGUUAUGAAAGUACAUAAUGAGUUUAUUACUCGAACAGGACCAAAUCACUUAUCACUGGUCACUGGGAUGCAUGAAGAGAGUCAUGGUAUUGUUGAUAAUGUGUUUUAUGAUCCUGAGCUUAAUGAUACUUUCGACUUGAGUAAUACGAGGCAUUUAUCACAAUUAAAGUGGUUUGAUGUUGGGUCUGAACCAAUUUGGGUUACAAAUCAACGUCAUGGUCAUAAAAGUGCUGUUACGUUUUGGCCAGGGAGUAGUACACCAUUCAAAGGACAAUUACCUAGUUUUUAUUAUUCCCAAUAUAACCAUCGACUUCCUUUAGUUGAUCGAAUUAAUCAAACCAUUAAGUGGUUAAAUUUAGAUGAAGUGACACUUGGUCUAAUAUAUUUUCAUGAACCUGACUCACAGGGUCAUUUGACCGGACCUGAUUCUGUUGAAAUUUUUAAUGUAAUCGAGAAGUUAAAUGAUGAUAUUGGGUACUUACUAUCUUUAAUUGAUACUAGGCCAUCUUUAAAGUCAUCACUUAACAUUAUUUUAACAAGUGAUCAUGGGAUGUCUGGAGUGGAUGCUAACAGAAUAAUUAUUCUGCAUGAUUAUAUCAACGAGAGCAUGUAUUAUAGUCCGGGGUCAGAGGAUCGUGUGUUUUGGUCAUUAUGGCCAAAAGAUGGGAGCUCAUCUAUUAAUCUCUACAAAAGACUGGUCGGAAAACAUCCAAAGAUGAAUGUUUUUCUGAAGGAUAAUAUACCUAUUCGUUUACACUACUCGAAUAAUCGACGAAUAAGCCCAGUGGUAGUUUAUUCGGAGCCUGGGUGGACAAUCGUUAGAUCACGAAAAUCGGUUGCGAAAUUUACUAAACGUGGAGAUCAUGGUUAUGAUCCGGACCAUGAUGAAAUGUCUCCAUUCUUUCUAGCUACGGGACCAGGUUUCAGGAGCACGAUUGUUGGUGGCGGUCAAAUAAUUAGUUCUAUUCAUCUGAUUGAUAUUUAUCCACUGAUGUGUGCCUUACUCAAUUUAAAUAAACCAGCUCCAAACAAUGGUAGUUUAUCACGUGUGAUGUCACUCCUUCAUGAUGGUAGUGGUGUUAAUGUCUACUUCUCGAGUUUUCUGGAUAUGUUCACUGUCGGAAUUGUCUUAUUAUGUUGUACAACCGUAUCAAUUGUAUACAUAAUAUGCACAUGUAUUUCAUCUAAAGAUUAUCUAUUUCCUGAUGAUGAUAAUAAUAAUAAUAAGUUAAAACAUUCUAUUUAUCAACCAAAUUCAUUUCUACUUCAACGACGUUUACGUAAUAAAUCUCAACAUGAUAAACAAAAACAACAAUAUUGUAAUAUUGAAUUAAAUAAGAUGAACACUUUAAAAAAUAAAAUAAAAACAAAAAAUAAAUUCUAUGAAAUGUAUUUAAAAGAUGAAUCAAUUAAACAAACAACAGAUAGACAACGAUUACUUGAUUAUAAUAUACGGGAUAGUAAUGUUCCCAAUAGUUACAAUGUCAGUCGUUAUGAUGAUGAUAAUGAUGAUGAUGAAGAAUAUAAUCGAUUUUCUAUUCAACAUAUAGAUGAUAAAACUUUUUUAAAUUUACUUCGUCAACCAAAUAGUAAAUAUCCUUAAGAAUGCUUAAAAUUUUUAUUCUAUUAAUCUAUUAGUGGCUUAUUCUGUCAGUCUCUUACUUUGUUUCUACAUGUUGUGAUAUUGAAAUUUGUGAUAUAUAAUCAUAGUGAUUUAGGUGCAUUAUGAUUUGAAGUUUAUAUAGAUGGCUGUGUUUCAUGUUAUUAUUGUAUUUAUGCAUAGGCAAGUGGCAUAAAUUUUUGUGUUUUCUUGUUCUUAUUAUAUUUUCAAAUAACUGUAUCUACUUUUGAUUACUUCGUUUAUGUACAUGUAUUGACACAUACUUGUAUGAACAUGUAUCAUUUAAGGUAUCAAUUCGAUUAUUACUUUUUAUGUAUGUGAUGGAUAUUUGUGAUAUUUUGCCAAGUUUUCUUUGGUUAUUUUUGUUUAUGAAUUUUUAUUAAAUAUUAUUUAGUUACUAA